AUGUCUAUAUCUCCAACUAUAAAGACAGGUCACAUUUUGAUCGGGUGCCACUAUGAAGUGCAAUGGAUGUUUGGACACUUGGAUACGGACAGUAGUGGUGAGCUUUCAGUGUUAGAGCUCUAUGGACUCAAGCACGACCAGAACGAGCCAUGUCUAAAGCCAUUUCUUGAUGCGUGUGACAUUAACAGUAAUACCUUCGUGAGUGGACCCGAAUGGUGUGGUUGCUUUUCGAUGGCAGAGAGACCAUGUGCAGCAGUACGUAGACGAUCGCCAUCUGAAGUGGCACCAAGCUGUGAUUCCCAGGGCUUUUAUCAAAGCACACAGUGUCACAAGAGUUUAAGGAUAUGCUGGUGCGUCAACAAACAUGGCAUUGAGAUUCCCGACACACGUGUUUUGGGCUCGAAACCUGACUGUGAUUCAGUCAUAAUCAAAAAGGGUAACGGCGCUGUAGACUCGAACAGCGUGGAUCUCGAAGAUGACGAGGACUCAGCGCAGGAUCUGGAGGGUUCAGCAGAUAUUCCAUUGGAAUUUUAAAAAAUAGAGCUUCUACCAUGCAACCAGGAGAACAACAUCCAGCUGUAAAAACUACAGGAAGAGAGUAAUAUAUGCAGAAUGAGAGAUUUAACAAAACACAUGAGUUCGAGCAAAUGGUAAAUACUUACUUAGAAGUGAAUCCAUGCAAAAAAAAAACUCAAAGAAAAUGCUGAUACGAGAAGACACCAUGGCAUACACCGUGUGUUUAUUACAAUACUAUUGAUUCAGAGGCUCAAAUAGUAAUAAAAUAAGCAUGUCACUUUAAACUUAAAGUACCAUGUACUAAGUAAUCCUACUUUAAAAUGGGGGUUGUUUCAGAAGAGAACCCAUCUAAAAAAGCAUUACCACCGUUAACCACACUGAAAUCUAAAUUUCUUUAGUUAAUGCAUUAAUUAUAAAAAAAAACUAUGCUACAAAUUUUACUGCAAAGCAAGUCAGCUAUUAGUUUCGAGGUCAACAACAGGGAUUUGAUGUAUGAAACUCAAAUAAGUUAAUGAAGCAUCGAUGUUGCCAUUUUUUACACAAGUUGUUUUUGAAAACGGUGUAGUUGCGUUUUAUGAUUGAGUGUAACCACUUAAAAGUAGUAAACAGCCUUAACUGACAAAAAAGAUAAGAAUUUUUUCUAUUUUAUAAAGGUUUAUUUUGACAGGUGUAUAAAUACCAGCAUGUCUGAUAUCACAUGAGUUAUAUAGAAUGGAAAAGUAAGCGAGACUUAACAGCUGAUUUCUUAUUUUUUCAAUAAAUUAUACAGCACUAAUUAAAUCGAUAUUGCUACUGACUGGCUCCAGUACAAAUGCCCUUUAACACUAUUGCAAGGAUCUAAUAAAUAUAUAUAUAUACAUUUUAGUUCUUAUAGUUAGUGAGAGAAAGAGACAAUAAAAGUUUAAUGACGUCACUAAGACGGUCCCGCGCUGAAAUUUUGGAACAACAAGCUUACGCAGUUUUGCAUUUUCAGGGGUAAUGGGAUGAGAAAGGAGAACUUAGGUCUGGAAUUCAGAAAAUCGUUGCUGACUUUUAGUUUUUAUGCUACCAACAAGAGGUUGAACCCUUUAAAGAAAAGCCAAGCAGCAGUCUACGCGACUGUACAGAUCCAGGUAUGAUUUGUUUGGGUAACUUAAUUAAUCUCCCCCUCCCAAAGGUGACUUGGAUCUUACGAGGCUCAUACAUGGGGCUUCGUCUGACAUGUGUUGGAAAAUAUUACAAAAUAUUUUUUUUAAGAAUCUCGCAAAUUGUACAGUGAAGUGAUUUCCUGGUCCCAGCGGAUGUCUCUCUCUCUCUCUCUCGCUCUCCAGUGGUAUUCAGUGAAUACGACCAUAUUAUUUAAGUAAUGGUUCAACGCCAACUAAUGUGUUGCAUAUCUUUUCUCUUUGGUAUCUAUUUAACCCAAUGCCAAGUGAUUUUCUUUAUUUUUAUUUUUAUUUUUGUUAUCCAUUUUUGUGAUAGAUCAAUCACAGAAAAAUUAACUGGGCAACGAGUAUAUGUAAAAAAUUUUGUUACUCGAAGAACAUUUUUUGGCGAUAAUUGAUAAGUUUUUAAAAGCAAGGUUCGUUGUGGAACAUUUGAGAUGCCCAGCUCACGAGAUCUUAUGUACUCCAGAGUAGCAAGGCGUGUUUUCACGUAACUUUGUUUUUUUUAUUUUCUUUUGCGCAUGACGAUGUUUAAGUACUGUUGUCAAUAUAACGAAUUGAGAAUGAGCUAAGCAAGUAACACAUGAUUAUCGGUUUGAUUAUUUUAAAAAUAAGUGAAAUUUAUUUAUUCAUAUUAAAAUACAUAUACUCAGCCGUAUUCUGUUAGGUAUUAAGUUUAGAAUCAAUCAAUUUCUUUUUAUAUCAUAUUAGUAUAUGUAUGUAUAUUGACUGA